GCAAGUCCUCCUCUGGCACGAACUUCGUCCGACGCACCUUUCUUGUGACCUCUGUCUGCUUCAGCCGAACGCAACCUUUCGUUAGUUUUGUCUCUGAAGUUCUUCGGGCUCUUCGGCUUCGGCUGCCAAAAGCAAAAGCAGAAAAAGUGAUUUGAUCUCCUUCUUUUCACUCCAAUCAAUUUUCCAUCAUCAGCAGCAGCAAGUUUGCCAACAUGCAAAUUUUAAUGAGUUUAAUAAUGAAGAAUCAGGCUGACCAACCACUGAUGUAAACAACCAACUGCUAGCACUGCGUAGAAGAAAAUCGACGCACGCCGAAAAUUCGCAAAAAUCUUACAAAGCAGCCGCGUCCGAUGUUGUUUGCAGGUUUUGGCAACGUCUGAGUGGCGAAGAAGGGCAGACUGAGGCAUCAAGAGCAGCGGUUGGCGUCCGAUGAGUUGUUAUUGGCGGGCAAUUGGACAAUGGCGCUGGAGCCAGUUGUGAGCGGACACUUUCCCCUGGCCGACGUUGCCUCGAUUGUGCGUCUCUUCAGGCAGCAGCUCGAGACACCUGAGCCUGAUCUGGCACUGCUGUCCAUCGUAGUGGGCGCCGUCGAGAACUCGCUGACAUGCUGCCGUCCGGCCGCCUUCGACGAGGUCGAGUUGCCACCGUCGGACACCGUCCGUCUGCCGCCGGUUGAGAAGCACAUCGCCGAGGCACUGCUCACAAAGUUCCACGCAAUCCUCAAGGGUUCGGUUGACCUGAGCCUCUACGAAACGCGCUUCGCCUCCAGAGAGCUCGUCAAGAGGGUGUCCGAUGUCAUCUGGAACUCGCUGACCCGCAGACACUACAAUGAGCGUGCCCACCUUCAGAGCAUCUACAGCUACCUGACAGGUAACAAACUGGAUUGCUUUGGUGUAGCCUUUGCUGUGGUGGCCGGCUGUCAGGCACUUGGCUUCAAGGACGUACACCUGACGCUCUCUGAGGACCACGCGUGGGUGACCUUUGGCCCUCCUGGCAAGACACAGACAACAGAAGUCACCUGGCAUGGUAAAGGACACGAGGACAAGCGUGGACAGCUGGUGGUGGAAGGUGGCUCUGAGUGGCUGUACUUGAAGGGCCAGGCGGUCAAGUGCACGCGGCACAUGGAGGUGGUGGCUCUUGUGUCUUCCAUCAACCCCAGCCUGAAUCUCACCAAUGACGCCAUUGAAGUGGCAAUGCUGCAGCAGGAACUGCUCUGGCUACUCUACGACCUUGGACAUCUCAAGAAGUACCCUAUGGCUCUUGGAAACUUGGGUGACCUGGAGGAGUUAUUCCCAACGCCAGGAAGACCAGCGUGCGACACGCUGUUCGAAGAGGCCAUUUCCUCUGCCCGAACUUACUACAGCAACCACCACGUGUACCCGUACACUUACCAGGGUGGAUACUUCUACAGGCACAACAUGUACAAAGAAGCCUUUCAAAGCUGGGCCAAUGCAGCAGACGUCAUCCAGCUGUACAAUUACAACCGAGACGAUGAGGAGAUCUACAAAGAGUUCCUCGAAAUUGCUAACGAGCUGAUUCCCUACGCCAUCAAGGUGGAGAGCUCUGGCAUCAGCGCCCACUCGAUUUUGAAGGACCCGCAGUGUUUUGCCUCCCUGUUGCGCUUCUAUGAUGGCAUUUGCCGCUGGGAGGAAGGAAGCGCCACUCCUGUGCUGCACAUUGGCUGGGCCAAGCCCCUCGUCAACGCCAUUUCAAAGUUUGAUGCGAGUGUGCGAGCGCAGGUGGAGAUCAGCUUGGCGGAGGAAGAGGUGGUAGGAGGCGACCGCUCCAAGUACCUGAACAACAACAAUGAGAUUGAGGCUCAGGUGAGUGGGCUGGCAGGGGCACCCAGCGCAGCGACGCAUCCGAGCAUUGCGGCGCUGACUGAGGCGUGCAGCGAGACUCUGCUAAACCCUGUGUACCUGCUGAGAGGCGUAGGCAACCCUUUUGCAGACAACACAUCACCUCUGCCACCUGUUACGCCUCCUCCGCCCUCCGACGAGGAGCAGCAGCAGCCAAGGCCCAGCCUGCGGCUCCACUCGCGCAAGAUGGCUGGCCUGAAGGAAGUUCUGCUGGCCGAGAAGCUCAACACGAGCGCCAUUUCUCUGCAGCUGACUGCACAGUCUCAGGUGCAGAUCGGGGGCCGCAAGACCAGGGCCCUCGAGCAGCCUCCGCCGCCAUCCUCAGAGCAGUCUGAUCAUCCUACCAAGCCCAAGAAAGCCAAAACCAGAGAGUGAGAUGGCGACGCCAGCACAGUGAUACUUAACACCUUUUUCUGCCCUUAGAAGUUGAAAUUAUUUUAAUUUUUGGAAAUUCAAUUGGUCGGACCAACAUAAAGCAUACACAAUGAGUGUCUGGAGAAAAAUUGCUAUUGGAUGAAAUUGGUUUGGUGCAUUAAUUCGAAGUAGAUGUUGAUCAAAUACUCGUGAAUCAGAAACCUAGACAAAUUUUGAAAGUUUCCUUUAACCUUCGAAGUCAGCAUUUUUUUAGCAUGUUUUUUUCUAAUCGAUUUGAUCGAGAUUUAAAUCAUUUUUAAUUGGCUUUUUACUUUAAAACCUACGGUCUUUUAUGUUGCAAGUUUGAAGUCAUUUUUAAGCAAAAGGCAUCUUUAAAUCAGAGAGCGUGUGUGAUGGAAAAAGUUCCAGUUUUUUGUUUUGUUAUUGAAAAAAUUAUUUCCUAGGCUGGGCCUGAUAACUGCUGAGACUAAAAAAGAACCACACACAUGACUUUUUUUGUUUGUCACGCAUUUCCACGUUUGUCUCUCUCGCAGCCAUUUAUAUUGUGUCCUAUACCUGAAAAAUGUGUAUUUUUUAAGUCUUAUAUAAUGAGAGCUGAUGGGUUGAAACUCACUCAAGCAAGACUCGUCACGGCGCAUAAAUGAAAUAUAUUUUUGUCCAGAGCCUCGGGUUGCUUCACUUGAAAGUGGAUCAAUGAACUAAUAAAAUUCAGAGAUGCAUUCCUAAUGUUAUUAACUCUUAAGGUUGUAACGCUGAGAACGAGAUGUGAUUGUAAUGCUGAGAGAAAAUUAAUAUUUUUCGACGUUUCUUGUUGUUGGAGCACUUGAGUUGGGAGCAACUGAUACUGACAUCGCCAGAUACUUAAAAGUAAAUUUAAUGAUGCUUGGGAUCUUCCGUUUUUUUCUCGAGUCUUUUUUGAGACGCAAAUGAGAAGUAAACACUGUUAAAAAAAAAGGGUGUACGCUUGAGAACUUCACUG